CUCUCGGGGUAUCACAGAGGUUACCCGCGUACUUGUAACGCUCGUUCUUUUCCGGCCGCCACUAUUGAUCGCCGGCUGUCUUCUCCCAAAUUCGGAUAUGCGUUUGCCGCCGUUGGGCGGGGGAGAGAGAUGGCGAGGAGGGCAACCUGAUUUUUGCUCUAUUAACUGUAGCGAGCAAUUUGGAACUUAACAAAUAUUUGGCGAGAGACAAGACGGAUAAGGUGCACUCUUGAAGUGGGUUCCAGAAAUUGGCUCUCCAUAUUUUGGCCUCGCGAGCAAUUUCUGCUCGCGUUGGAGGGCCCAUGGAAUAUUAUAGCUUACAUUCUACGUCACAUUCAUUUUGAACUUAUAUAGCAAACCGAGCUUGGAGCUUCUCCUCGUCGCCUAAUCCUGCAAGAACACGAAGACAAAGUCGGCUUUGGCUUUGGCUUUGGCUUCGGUUUCAGUCCUUCUUUCUAAUAUUGAAAUAGUUUUUGGCUUUCUGCAAAUCCGUGCAAACGAGGAAUUCAAGGUAUUAGGAACAUUCCUUUUCCCCAUCUCACCUCUUAUUUUGCUGCUUCCCUCACUUGCUGCGCUAUUCCGAUUGAACUUGCUUUAAUCGACGGUGUCAUUCGCUUUAAAGAGAUAUAUCUAUCAAGUUGAGCUUGGUUUCAACUUGAGAAACCUUGUAUGCAUAUGGCAAAUUCUUUGAAAAAGUUAGUGUCAUGUAUUAUCCUCGAUUUGGAUGGUACGCUUCUUAACACGGAUGGCAUUGUAAGUGAAAUUUUAAGAGCUUACUUGGUUAAAUAUGAGAAGCAAUGGGAUGCAAGAACAGCUCAUAGAAUAGUAGGAAAGACACCCCUGGAAGCUGCAGCAGCAGUUGUGGAGGAUUAUGGGCUCCCCUUAUCAAUUGAUGAAUUUAUUUCAGAAAUUAACCCAAUGUUCUCCAAUCAGUGGUGCAAUAUCAAAGCUCUUCCAGGUGCAAACCGAUUGAUCAACCAUUUGAGGGGUCAUAAUGUGCAAAUGGCAUUGGCUUCAAAUUCUCCCAGGGAAAACAUUGAAACAAAAAUAUCAUAUCAUCCUGGAUGGAAAGAAUCCUUCUCUGUCAUUGUUGGUGGUGAUGAAGUGACAGCAGGAAAGCCAUCUCCUGAAAUAUUCCUUGAAGCUGCAAAAAGGCUAAAUAGUGAUCCCUCAAAGUGCCUAGUUAUUGAAGAUUCAAUACCAGGAGUAAUGGCUGGAAAGGCUGCGAGAAUGGAAGUUAUUGCUGUUCCAUCCCUUCCAAAGCAGUCCCAUCUUUACACCUCUGCAGAUGAGGUUGUCAACUCUCUUCUUGAUUUGCGACCAGAAAAAUGGGGCCUGCCAGCAUUUGAAGACUGGAUAGAGGGUACUUUACCACUAGAACCUUGGUAUAUUGGGGGCCCUGUUGUUAAAGGAUUUGGCCGUGGCUCAAAGGUGCUUGGCAUUCCUACAGCUAAUUUAUCAACUGAAGGCUAUUCAACUGACCUUUUGGAGUACCCUUCUGGGGUAUAUUUUGGUUGGGCUGGAUUGUCGACACGUGGCCUUUACAAGAUGGUCAUGAGUAUUGGUUGGAAUCCCUACUUCAACAAUGCUGAGAAGACCAUAGAACCAUGGCUGCUUCAUGACUUUGACGAGGAUUUCUAUGGUGAGGAAUUGCGCCUUGUUAUUGUUGGGUACAUCCGGCCAGAGGCGAAUUUCCCAUCCCUUGAGGGAUUGAUAGAGAAGAUUCAUGAAGACAGGCGAAUUACAGAGAAAGCACUUGAUCUUCCAUUGUACGCCAAGUACAGGGAAGACCCACAUCUGAAAGCCUCUUCCCACUUGGAUAACAGUCAUCUAUAGAUAGCUUCUUCUUCUUCUUCUUCUUCUGGGAAACCUGAUUUUCUUUUUUACUUGUUUAUUCUCAUUCGAUCAAAUGACAAGUGAUUGUCAUUCUCUAAAGAUCCCACGAGAAUUUUUGUCACUACACGUUGUGUGACGAUAGCAUACUUUAUGCAUAAAUUACAUUCUGAAAAAGUAAAAGUAGCCACCAAAAUGACGUUGGUAGA